AUGCCACCAAACCGGCGAUUGAAGGGUCUAGCACCCCCCGAAUUCGAAUCCAUAGAGGUCACUGACGAUGGUUGCACGGCGCAAGAUGGUAUCCGCGCCAAACGACAGCUUGAUGCUCUUCUGAAAUUCACCAAGGGCCGGAAGCAUCGUCGGACCACAGAUUGGGGCCUUGAUAUGGCGGUCAAUGCUGUAACUUCCGGCCCGUCUGACGGACUCGAUCUUGGCCAACUAUCAAUCUCGGAUACGCACCAACCCACGACCCCUCCCAGUCGAAAGAGUUCAGCGCGCAGUGAAACGACGGGUCACCCCAGCUCUCGAAGAGAAGGGCUUGUCUCGGCGGGAGCAGACUUCCAAGACCGUACGGAACGCAUUGAGAGCACAAAUCACUUCGUUCGUGUACCAGAUGUACCAUCAAUAUCAGACGAGGCGCGUUCAGUUUAUUCUCGGGCCUGCUCGCUGCUCCUCGAGGGCACGGAUAGUGAUGGCGUACUGUUCCUGGAACCCCCCCGGAGCCAGUCAAUGAGCAGCUCGCGGAGGUCAUCUUGCACCAGUACCGGCAAGCUGAGCAGCGUGGAAUCUGCAGCCUCCCGCCACCGGUCUUCGAGUACAUCAGUCCAAGGAGAUUGCCUCGAAUCACCAUGUGGACUGCUGGUGUCGGCCUUCUCCGAGGAACGACAUGCAGAGGACUAUGAUGAGUUUCUAUCUUCCAUCGACCAAGACCUAGUGCGCGACUUAUUCACGUUUUGCCCGGAUGGCGCACUAUUGAACCCAACAUCUUCCGGUUGUACUGGAAUUGAUCAAACUCUUGCAGACAGGUUAAGCCAGGGUCUCUCGGAAGCAAAAUCAACGAUAUUUGUACCUUUGUGGGAUGUGGACAAGUCCCGCUGGGCAUCCGGUCUCGUCAUAUGGACGUACCGGAACCUCUUCUUAGAGGGUGACUUCGACUACGUUCGAACCUUUGUUGACUCGAUUGUUUCAGACCUGUUGCAGGUUAACCGCGCGUUGACAGAGAGAUCAAAAUAUGAUUUGGUCUCCUCCAUUAGUCAUGAACUGCGAACACCUUUACACGGCAUGCUGGCGAAUUCCGACUUGCUUGACUCAAGUACUCUCGAUCAUGCACAGCACGAAAUGGUCAAGACGAUCAAGACCUGCGGAAAUACUCUACUGGAUACGAUGAACCAUCUCCUUGAUUUCGCCAAGAUCAACAACCUUGCGAACUCGCAUAACAUAUCGCCGCACAGUGCAGCACAAAUUGAUGGCUUGAACUCGACUUUUGAUCUUGCUACCAUGUUGCAAGAUGUUGUCCACUCCCUCCAUGCAGGACACUGUUCUCAGAUCGAUUCAACGGAAAUCGACCUACCGUAUCCGGCCGCUAGUCAAGGAGGCCAACCGUACUCGGCGCCUGACGAAAAUGAGCCAACCACGAUGGAGAAUCUGUCUUUGGUUGUUCGAAUUGAGGGAGAUCAGUCUUGGAAGAUCCACUCCCUCCCUGGCCCAUGGAGACGGAUCAUCAUGAACAUUGUUGGCAACGCAUUGAAGUUCACCAGUUCGGGUGUAGUCGAAGUGUCACUGGUCGACACGUCGAGGAACACUAAGCCAAAAUACGCCCACAUCAAGGUUACCGAUACCGGCUGUGGUAUCCCGAGAUCUUACCUGCAAAACUCGAUAUUUACACCGUUCUCACAAGUCCAAGUAUUAACAGCGGGAGUGGGGCUCGGACUGAGCAUCACGCAUAAGCUGGUAACUUACCUGGGCGGCCAGAUUGAUGUCAGCAGUGAGCUCGGCGUGGGCACAGAAGUCAACAUUCGAAUUCCGGUCAACGUUGUAGAUGAAGAAAUGACGACUGACAACUCUCCCGCAAAUCACGAUGCGUCCUUUUCUGCUAAAAAAGUCUGUCUCGUGGGCUUCAACUCACUGGUUCACACCAGCCACGACAACUAUCGCCUUCUUGACCAAGAAACCAAACGAAAACUUGCAAUUCGAGAUACAUUGAGCGCACUCUCACAUCAGCUGCGCUGGAAACUAUCGUUUGCCGACGACUUAGACGGCGGCCCGUCGGGUGACAUCGCGGUGGUCGAGCAGUCAAUGCUGGAGAAGCUCGCGACUACUGGCCCUAUCAAGACUAGAUUUCAGUCCAUCAUUGUGCUCAGGAGCUAUGGUACGCCUGAUUCCGGAUACAUCAAAUUUCAGAGUGCAGUUAAUGUUGCUUACGUCUCCCAACCAUUCGGACCACGCAAUAUCACCGAAGCAAUGCAAAAGGUCGCAAGCGUUCGCACGGGUACCUACCCUAGCCUCACUUUGCGGUCCCGCGCUGCAGCAGAGAUGGAUGAGAAUCAAACGUCCUUCAAUUCUCCCCCUGCUGUCAGGAACAGUGUAUCCGAGUUUCCGCGGCAACAGAGCUCGCUACAAAGCGACCUUCGUGUAUUGAUCGUGGACGACAAUGAUGUUAACCUCAAGGUUCUGUCUACCUUCAUGUCCAAGAUAGGAUACUCCUACGACACCGCACCAAACGGACUCGUGGCAGUCGAAAAGUAUAAACAAUCCCGCUUGAGAUUCGACUACGUCUUCAUGGACAUAUCGAUGCCGAUCAUGGACGGAAUCACGGCGUCAAGGACAAUCCGCGCGUACGAAGAUGAGAAUCUGUGGGAACGAUGCACCAUUAUGGCUGUCACCGGCGUGGCAUCUAGCGAUAUGCAACAGCAGGCGUUUGACGCCGGAAUGGACGAUUACUUGGUGAAGCCGCUGUCGCUUCGUGACUUGAAGCGGAUACUCGGUGUUCUGUGA